AUGUCGGCCGAAGGCAGUGACUCGAAGGCGUUCCCGCUGGCUACGGAGGAGAUGAACGGCGUGCUCCUCGACCUGGUCCAGCAGGCUUCCAACUACAAGCAACUUAAGAAGGGCGCCAACGAAGCUACCAAGGCGCUUAACCGUGGACUUGCCGAGAUUAUCGUGUUGGCGGCCGACGCCGAGCCGCUGGAGAUCAUCCUCCACCUGCCGCUGGUAUGCGAGGACAAGAACAUCCCCUACAUCUUCGUCAAGAGCAAGAUCGCACUGGGCCGCGCGUGCGGAGUUUCACGUCCGGUGGUAUCGUGCGCCAUUGUCAGCCGCGAGGGGUCGCCGCUGAACCAGCAGAUCGUAGAAGCCAAGGACCACAUCGAGCGUCUCCUGGUCUGA